ACAAAAAAGAGACGAAUAUCAACCAAUCUUCUUGCAGCUGGUGCUUCGAUUUAUUCACAAUAAACGAAAUGCAGAACUGGGCUAUCAAAAUGUUAAGGGCAAUUUUGAGCUGAGUAUAGGAUUGAGAUCUUUGGCUUCUGAGUUCGCAGGAAAAACAUAAACCCUUCUUCACUUAAAAAACAAACAAAUAUAAACCCUACCAAAAAAAAAAAAGAGACGAAUAUCAACCAAUCUUCUUGCAGCUGGUGCUUCGAUUUAUUCACAAUAAACGAAAUGCAGAACUGGGCUAUCAAAAUGUUAAGGGCAAUUUUGAGUUAAGUAUAGGAUUGAGAUCUUUGGCUUCUUCUGUUCGAAUAAACGAAAUUCAUAAUACAAGAUUCCUUUGCUACUUCAAAGAUCUGUAAUGUCAUUGGAAGAAAAUCAUAUUACAGGGCAAUUUUGAGUUAAACAGAGGAUUGCGAUCUUUGGCUUGUUCUCUUCGAAUACAACGCACUCAAAUGAUACAGCUUAAAAUAAUUCCAUGAUUGAACAGCUAAGGCUGCAAGUCGAAAUUAUCAGAAGUUUUAAAAUAGCAUAAUAAAAAAACUAUAUAUUUGUUUUGAGGGCACAGGACUUAUUUGCGUGACCCUUGUUUGCAAUCUUAUUUCAUUUUUAAAGAUGAGGGUGAAGAAGCAGAAGCAAAACCGAAAAACUGUGAGGUUUUACAAGGCGUGCUUUGCGUUUCGAGAGCCCUACAAAAUUCUGUGCGAUGGCACCUUUGUUCACAAGAUGCUGGAAUCUCGUUUGGGUGCUGCCAGCGAAGCUCUUUCUGCCCUAUUGGGUGGCCAUACCAAGGUUUUUGUCACAAGAUGUGUCAUUAAUGAGCUGAAAAAGCUUGGGGAGUCAUUUUCAGGAACUGUAUUGGCAACUCGAAGGCUCACCACAGCAAGGUGCAAUCAUGAAAUGCUUAAAAGUGCUGCAGAGUGUCUCGAGGCUAUGGUUGGUACGGAUAAUCCUGAGCAUUUCUUCAUAGCAACUCAGGAUGCUGGUCUUCGUAGAAAGUUUCGACAGGUUCCAGGUGUUCCAGUUCUUCUUGUCCAAAAGAACUCAUUACUUCUUGAAACACCUUCUGACUAUCAACAUCAAGUUGCUAGGAUGAGUGAAGCUGAACGAAUGCAUAUGAAUGAAAGAGAAUACAAAGUCUUGGAGACUCGUGAGGCAAAAAAGAUAGAGUCCCAUGUAGAUAGUGCUAGUGCACAUGAUAUGUCAGGAGAUGAGUUGCCCAAAAAAAUAGAGUCAGAAGACAAUAGUAACAGUAGAAGGAUGUUAGCAGUGAAGGAUCAGCCCAGAUUCAAAAGGAAGAAAGCAAAGGGCCCAAAUCCAUUAUCUUGCAAGAAGAAGAAAAAAGUUGUCAAUCCUUCAACUACACAUAACCAAGGGUUUCAAGCUGAAGGAACCUCAGGUGAGAAAAAGAGGUCAAGGAAGAGGAAGAGAAGGCACCACAAAGUAGUUGAGUCUGGAGAGGCAGCUGGCUGAGAUAAUGAAUUUUCAUAUUAUGAUGUGUUACUAACUGGGCAGGAUUCCUAAUGGCAGGUUGGAAGUCUAUCGCCUUAUUUUUGGAGUAAAUGACUUUGCAGAGUGCUCAUAUUCUAAACGGCAUUCAAAUAUGCAAAUAGUCUACAAUAGGUGUUUGCGUCUUACUGACUUUGUACAGCUGAAAUUCCAUGCGUGUGCUUAAAGAUAUAUACUACUUCAAUGUGUCAAUGAACAUUAUACCUAAUUUGCAUGUUUCUCAUUUAAUAAUUUAGGUAGUUGUCACCAUCUAAUUUGUUGGCCCAAUUUAGCAAUUUAGCUUGUGUUGCACUGAUGUCUCUGACAAUCUUUAUCAUUGAGCUAUUUGGCAAUCGUUCUUUU